UGGGUGUUUAGUUCUGCCCUACUGAGGGAGGGAGUGUGCCUGACAUCACACUUGGGCCUGGUAAUGCUACAAGGGUCUACAGAGAGAGGCAAAUUCUCACAGUACCCCUCCAAAUAUCACAUGAUGGUGGAUAUGAUAUAAGCGACUGACUGCAGUACACACAGUGUCACCGGAUCCCCAGUCAAGCAGACAGUGCACGACAAUGAGUACAGUGCAGUAUACUGCAGCAUGGAAAAACAAAGUCGUCUCUGCAACCGGCAACAUGUCCAGGGGUGGUAAUAGAACAGAUAAGGGUGAUGACAAGGUGGACCUGUGUGGCCGGGGGAGCUGGUGGCUGGGGACACUGAAAGACACGCCCGUCCCUGGUCUCUAUCAUGUGCGUGACUUCAUCGAAGAGGCUGAACUGAACCCAGUGAGGAAGACCUAUGGGUUCAAAGGCGUGGGCAGAAAACCCAACACUCUGGGCGUACGUAAGGGGGAUCUGCUUCUACCCGGGGCUUACAACUACACUGACUCCAUCCAGGAAGUCCUGAUGCACCCGGCGUCAUACUCUUUCAAAAACUGUCCACGGCCCGACAUCGUCACCCUGGGUAUCAGGGACAAGCACAUAAACACAUCACCGUGCGACUACAAUGUGACGCCAAAACCCGUGGAGAAGAUCCCCUGCAAGCAUGUGAUGUUUCGGUCGACCGUGCAGCGGAUCACCUUUCCACCUAAGGAGGGACCCGCUCCGUGCCACUAUAAUCCACGGACCAAACCAGUGAGAGGCAUCACUUCCUGCUUCAAAUCUACAUUGCCGCGGCUCCACUGUGAGCACUCAAAAACUCCAGGACCCGGCGCCUACGAACCUUGCUGGAAGUUGGGUGACCGCCUCGACACCGAGGCCAUAGACCCGCCGUUCAGCCUCUUCUUCCGCAACACAGUCUAGUGUGAAAUGUGUUCCCUCGCAAUGGCUUGAUGCCGCGACCUCAUCCUCUUCUCCUCAUCCUGUCAGUUUGGAGAUCCUCACAUGACUCUACCUUAUUUAAGAAAUGACAGUCAAGUAAUGAAUGUUCAAGAGAAAUAAAGAUUCCAGUCUCUUAUUA